CGGCCGGGAGGCGGAGGGCGACUUGGGCGGCUCGGGCUCCGGUUCCUCCGGCCGCGUCUGCGGCGGGCUGGUCGGCAGCCACCGGGAAGCGCGGGGGCAGGCGGUACCGGCGGCGGGCGGCGUCGCCAUGGGCUCGGGCUGGAGCAGCGAGGAGGAGCGGCAGCCGCUGCUGGGGCCGGGGCCGGGGCCUGCGCCGGGAGGCGCGCGGCGGAGCCGGGAGGCGGCGGCAGCGGCUUUGCCCGCGGCGGGGCCGGGCUCCGGGCGGGUGUACGGGCGGCGCUGGCUGGUGUUGCUGCUCUUCUCGCUGCUGGCGUUCGCUCAGGGCCUGGUCUGGAACAGCUGGGGCCCCAUCCAGAACUCGGCGCGCCAGGCCUACGGCUUCUCCAGCUGGGACAUCGCGCUGCUCGUGCUGUGGGGGCCCAUCGGCUUCCUGCCCUGCUUCGCCUUCAUGUGGCUCCUGGACAAGAGAGGUCUUCGGGUAACAGUGCUUCUGACAUCCUUCCUUAUGGUUUUGGGAACUGGUCUAAGAUGCAUACCUGUAACAGACUUAAUGAUUAAAAGAAGAUUAAUCCAUGCAGGACAACUGUUAAAUGGACUAGCAGGUCCAACUGUAAUGAAUGCAGCACCCUUCCUCUCCACAACAUGGUUUUCUGCAGAUGAGCGGGCCACUGCGACAGCAAUCGCGUCCAUGCUCAGUUACCUUGGUGGAGCAUGCGCGUUUCUAGUGGGACCGCUUGUUGUUCCAGCGCCCAAUGGGACAGCACCUCUGUUUGCUGUGGAGAGCAGCAGGGCUCAUAUUAAAGAUCGCAUCGAGACUGUGUUAUAUACAGAAUUUGGAGUUGUCUGCUUAAUUUUCUCUGCUACACUAGCUUAUUUCCCACCCCGGCCUCCUCUUCCUCCCAGUGUUGCUGCAGCAAGCCAGCGGCUGAGUUACCGGCGCAGCUUUUGUAGAUUAUUAAGCAAUUUGAGGUUUUUGAUGAUUGCUUUAGCAUAUGCUAUACCACUUGGUGUAUUUGCUGGCUGGUCUGGAGUUCUCGACUUAAUUUUAACACCAGUUCAUGUCAGCCAGGUAGAUGCUGGCUGGAUUGGAUUUUGGUCCAUAGUUGGAGGCUGUGUUGUUGGAAUAGCUAUGGCAAGAUUUGCAGAUUUUAUUCGGGGCAUGCUAAAACUGAUUCUUCUCCUCCUGUUUUCUGGGGCUACCCUGUCGUCCACGUGGUUCACCUUAACUUGUUUGAACAGUGUGACCCACCUGCCUUUGACUACAGUGACAUUGUAUGCCUCCUGCAUUCUCCUAGGAGUGUUCUUGAACAGCAGUGUACCUAUAUUUUUUGAGCUCUUUGUGGAAACUGUCUACCCAGUUCCAGAAGGAAUUACCUGUGGAGUUGUUACUUUUUUAAGUAAUAUGUUCAUGGGAGUGCUUUUAUUUUUUCUCACAUUUUAUCAUACAGAGUUGUCUUGGUUCAACUGGUGCCUUCCGGGGUCGUGUUUGCUCAGUCUCCUCCUCAUUCUGUGCUUCAGGGAAUCCUAUGACAGACUCUAUCUUGAUGUGGUUGUCUCAGUUUAAUAGCACAGACUUGAAGGAGUUUAAAAGGAGACUGGAAAUCAAUACUGCACACUGCACAUUUGCUCGGAAUUGCACAGCUAACAGGAAAAAAAAGAAGAAAGAAACUUCAUUCAGAGGUUCUGUUAGGUCACGAUUGUCACAUUAAUUUAAUUACUACUAGGUAAUAAUAAUGUGGGACUUGAGGUCAUAGGGAAUUUUAAAACUCUACAAAGGGCAUCCCUGUGCCUGACAAGGGUGGAGGUGAAGCACUACCUAAGUUGUCCUGUCCUGUGCCAGUGCUACUACUGAUUAACUCUAAUUACGGGAAGAAAUAAAAGGCCUCCAUCACAUGAAGAUAACUCCUCCCAGAGUCACAUAACAGAAUAGGAAGAAUGCCACUAACUUCUAAAGAAGUUUGAACCUUGUAUCAGAUUACUUCCAAAGUAGCCAAAUGGUAUAUUGAUGAUAGAAUUAGCCACAUGUACACUACACGUUUUUCUAAUAAAGCCAUUUCUUAUA